UUCUGAGCUGAGGUCGACUGCAGCCACUUCCGCGUUGAGAAGCUGCCACAAGUUUAGCAUUCAACACGUGUCGCGAGCGCGAGUGAUGGAGAGAGCGGAUGAGAGAGAGAGGUUGCUAGGUGACGGGGCGUAUAUACUGAAUUUUAACAAAAUAACUGGAGAGAGAGAGAGAGAGAGAGAGAGAGAGAGAGAGAGAGAGAGAGAGAGAGAGAGAGAGAGAGAGACAGCAACAUGUAGGCAGGCUGAGUAAAGAAAGGUCGAGACUGUAUAUGUAGCCUACGAUAUUGAACGUACACUUGAACGGGGAGCAGGAGGGAGGUGGUGAAAAUGGACGGCAGUGGAGCGAAGGCGCAACGGACCGGGAUCCGCGCGAAGGACACUGUCUCUAGAUCCUAACACAGUUGUCUACGUGAACUAGUCUUCACCAUCUAUCAGACCACAUCAUGGUGGUGCAGCCUGCAAUAUCACUCCUAUUGGCUGUGCUGGCGUGCAGCGGGCCGGCCUGGUCGUCCCCUCCGCUACUGCUCCGCCCCCGGGAGCGAGAGAGGGACUCGGGCGGGGCUUCGGGCGGAGUCAACAUUGCCGUUGUCCACUCGGGCUCCUCCCACCUCCCGGAGACGAGUGUAGGGGUAGGGGGCACCUUGGCGGCAGGUGCAGGCACAGCAGCAGGAACAGGAGUGGGCACAGGCUGGUCGGGGCAGGUGGGUGAGAGUGUGAUGACACCAUGGGGCCCAGCCAAUGUCAUCUGGUUGGCAGUAAACGAGAGCAGCCCAGGGAGCCUUCUGCUGCAGCUGUGCGAGCUGCUGGGCAGCACACCACUGCAGGGCCUUGUGUUCGAGCAGGAGAAGCCACCACCCCCGGAACGUGCCCCGCUGGCACCGGUGCUGGAGUUUGUCUCAGCACAAACCGGUGUGCCAAUCAUGGCUGUAGGAGGUGGAGCUGGGCUGGGCAGAGAGCCACAGGAGAGUGGCUCAGUCUACCUGCAGUUCUCAUGUUCCACCGCAUUACAGUUGGAGGUCAUAUUUGAGGUACUGGAAGAGUUCGACUGGACAUCUUUCUCAGUGGUCAGUACUCGCCAACAUGGUUAUGAGGACUUCCUGGACAUGGUGGAGGGUAUCACAGAUGGCUCAUUUAUUGGAUGGGAAAGAAAGAGCAUGGUGAUGCUCAACCUUACUGAUGACCCAGGAGGUGCAAGAACCCGCAGGCUGCUGAAAGAGAAUGAGGCACAGGUGCGACUCCUGUACUGCUCGCACGAAGAGGCAGAGCAGAUUUUUAGGGCAGCAUGGCUCUCAGGCCAGGCUACUCCUUCACACAUGUGGUUUGCUGUGGGCCCAGCCCUUUCUGGACUUGGAGUGGAGGGUCUGCCUAAGGCUUUGUUUACUGUGCGGCCUCAGGGAUGGCGAGACGAGCCACGUCGUCGCAUUGCUAAAGGCGUAUCUGUUCUGACGCAUGGAGCCAUGGCACUGAGAAGGGAGUAUGGUGGAGCCAGAGGGACAAGCUUUGCCGGGAACUGCAUGACCGAUGGCAACCAGACACAAAGAAUUCCUGACAGAAUCAGAUACUUCAGUAACAUCACUCUGUCUGGACGAGACUACUCCUUUAAUGAUGAUGGCUAUUUAGCCAAUCCACUAGUGGAUGUUAUCUCCUACACUGCAGGUCGGGGCUGGGAGGAGGUGGGCUGGUGGGAGAAUGGGGUGCUGCGUCUGCGCUACCCACCCUGGUCACGUUAUGGUCCAUUCCUCAAACCACUGGAUGACAGUCAACACCUGCGUGUGGUCACUCUGGAGGAAAGGCCUUUUGUUAUUGUCGAGCCAGCCGACCCUGGAACUGGCUCAUGCAUUCGUGACUCUGUGCCAUGUCGUCUACCCCUCAACACCAGUGUGGUGUUGGAAGGCAUACACUCCAUGAAGCAUUGCUGCAAAGGGUUCUGCAUCGAUGUCCUCAAGCGACUGGCCAAAAUUGUGGGUUUUACCUAUGACCUCUACCUGGUGACAAAUGGCAGGCAUGGGAAGAACAUAAAUGGAGAGUGGAACGGGAUGGUCGGUGAGGUGGUGUCCAAAAGAGCAGACAUGGCUAUCGGCUCACUGACCAUCAAUGAAGAGAGGUCAGAAGUUGUUGAAUUCUCAGUUCCCUUUGUGGAGACUGGAAUCAGCGUUAUGGUCUCUAGGAGCAACGGCACCGUCUCUCCAUCUGCUUUCCUGGAACCAUACAGUCCUGCAGUUUGGGUGAUGAUGUUCGUCAUGUGCCUGUCUGUGGUGGCCGUAACCGUUUUUGUCUUUGAGUUUUUCAGCCCUGUUGGAUACAACCGAAGUCUACAAAGUGGAAAGAGGGCAGGAGGAUCUAAGUUUACCAUAGGAAAAUCUGUGUGGCUGCUGUGGGCCCUGGUCUUUAAUAACUCAGUUCCUGUAGAAAACCCUAGAGGAACCACAAGUAAGAUCAUGGUGCUGGUUUGGGCUUUCUUCGCUGUUAUCUUUUUGGCAAGCUACACUGCUAACCUGGCUGCCUUCAUGAUCCAAGAGGAGUACAUAGACACAGUGUCUGGCCUCAGUGAUAAGAAGUUCCAGCACCCUACAGAUCAGUACCCUCCCCUUCGCUUCGGCACCGUCCCAAAUGGCAGCACAGAAGAGAACAUUCGCAGCAACUACCCUAGCAUGCAUCAAUUUAUGGUGCGCCACAACCAGAGGGGAGUUGAGGAAGCCAUUGACAACCUCAAGACCGGUAAACUGGAUGCUUUCAUCUACGAUGCGGCUGUUUUAAACUACAUGGCAAGGAAAGACGAAGGUUGUAAAGUGAUGACCAUUGGUUCAGGGAAGGUGUUUGCUACUACAGGAUAUGGCAUCGCCCUGCACAAGAACUCUCGCUGGAAGCGACCACUAGACCUUGCUUUGCUGCAACUGGUGGGAGAUGAUGAAAUUGACAUGCUUGAACGCCUCUGGCUCUCUGGGAUUUGCCACAAUGAUAAGAUUGAAGUGAUGAGUUCCAAGCUGGACAUAGAUAACAUGGCAGGAGUCUUCUACAUGCUACUGGUGGCAAUGGGUCUAAGUCUUUUGGUAUUUGCCUGGGAACACCUGGUUUACUGGAAGCUCCGGCACUGCAUGGGUCGCUCAAAGGGACUGGACUUUCUGCUGGCUUUUAGUCGGGGAAUGUACAGCUGCUGCAGUUUUGAAGAUGAAACCACCCCUUUAGGUAACCCAACACUUCCACAAUAUGAUCCGAUCUCCCCUAUGCCCCCUCCUGCUCCUCCUCACAUGGUGACUGCAAAUGUAGCCAACUCUUCCAUCACAACAGCACAACAUCAACAGCAGCAAAAACUUCACCAGCAACAGCCAGUGUACAAUGCCCUUAUUCCUGGAUCUCUGCAAUCAGCUGGGCAUUCGGGCAUGGCUCUUGGGCCAUCAAACAGCCCAAUUCUUGGAGCACCUAUGCCAUGUUCCACAUUUUUACCUCGUCAUGAUCGACGACUGGCAGUGGUGGAUCGUUGGACACGUCCAAAAACUGGCCCUGAAAAGACAGGUGCCAUCAAUAGUGGGAUCACAGACAUUGCACAAUUCCCACAGGGCAUGCCUCCACAGUGGGCUGCAGUAGGUGGUGGAGAAGGAGGUCUGGAUGAAUAUAAAAGAUACUAUGGUCCAAUUGAUCCAGAGGGAUUAGGAGAGCCACAAAGUAUAGUUUCCCAAACUCCAAAGACCACACAUCAAACAAAGCCCUUGGGAAACCCAAGGCUGCCACAAAAAAAACAAGCCUCUGGGCAUUUGCCCAUAAACCCCACUUUGCCUCAUUCUUCUCCACCUCAGCAGUCUUUAUGGAGGAGAACCAGUCUUUCAAAAAGAAAAGGCUCUGGGGGACCCCUGUAUGAAAACAUCCUUCCUUUGGGAAGGAGAGGUGGGGCAAGGUAUGGAGGGAGGGAUGGAGCAGGGAGAAGAGGUCGUCAUCCUCCUCCUUUGCCUCUUCCUGUGCCACUUCCCUUCUCCUCCCCUAAUCAAAUUCCUAUUUCACCAUCACCUUCUGUGCACUACACCUCUUCUAGCACUUCUAGCUCCUCUUCCACCUCCUCUUCUGUUUCAGUCUCACGAUCUAAUUCUCCUUCUUACUCUACCUCUUCAUACUCAUCAUCACAGAGUUUCAAAUACAGAGCAGGUGAAAGAGAUGCAUAUGAUGAGUUUGACACAGAUGAGCUUACAGAGGAGUCAAGCCUUCUUUUGGGUAGGAGAAAAAGUCAUUCGCACAUGUCAUCUCGAUCCCUACCCUGCAGUCCACCUCCACCCAUACCACCACGCAAACCUUGCCCACAGAAAGCACAGAUGAGAGACAACGCCACUAGCCAACUGGCACAACUCCAGGAGUGGUGGGCUUCAUGGGGGGAAAAAGAGAGGGCUAGAAGAGCAAGUGAUGUAAGAAGUAAGGACAAAGAAGAGAAACGCUAUUAUAAAGAAAGAGAAAGGGAGAGACGAAGGAGGAAGAAGGAUCGAAAGAAAAAGAAGAGAGGAGAGCGUGAGAGAGAAAGAGAGCACAAGAGACAUAAAGUAAAGAAGAAAAAGAAAAAGGAUGGAAAAUCCAGGAAAAGGGAGAAGGAAAAGCGAUCUGGUCAAGAGGAAGCUGAAAUCAAAGAUAAAGAGGUAUUUGAAAAAGGGAUAGAACAGAAUCUGCCUUCCUACCCUGAACUUAGGCGUAGCUCUUUUCAAAAGAAGAGUGAAAGCUCUAUGCGGAGUUAUGACUGGGAUAUGAAAAGAGAGGGAGGAAGGAGAGAGAGUGAUAAUCCAGAGGGUGGUGAUGAAGAAGGAGCUAGGAGAAAAGAAAAGCACCACAGGAACCCUCAGCCCUAUCGCCAUUCCAGGCCAAAGUCUAGCAGUAAGCGCUAUCCCACUUCAAGUAAAUGCUCAACAUCAGUUAAAUUUUGGGGUAGUGGGAAUACACGUUCUGAAUCUCCAUCUUCUUUUCUUCCUCUUUUUCCUCUUAACUAUAAAAAAACACAGUCCUUUGAGUCUGAAAGAGAGGAAUAUGGAAAAGGGGGUGAGAUUCGUCCGCUUUUAGGAAAGAAUGGAAGAGGUAAGACCUAUUCAAGAGAAGGCCUGUCAUUUCAUGAAUGGGAUUCAGAAGAAGAGGAAGGGGAAGAAUCAGAAGAGGUAGAUAGAACUGAGGAACAAAGAAGAAGAAGAAGAAGAAGAAGACGGGAAAGCAGGGUAAUAGAGACAGAAUCUGAAAGGGAAAGAGACAAAACAGUAGAGAUCUAUACAGAUGAUGAAGGUUCUUCAGGCGAAUUUGGAAAGUUUGAAAGAUACUGGGAAGGGCAUGAAGGAAGGGCUGUUGGAGGCAUUGGGGGUGGAGGGUGGUUUUUUGGAACUUAUCCAUCUAGGGAGAGAGGGGGUAGUAUAAACAGUAGAGAUGACCCUUUUUUGGGAUUAGGAGGUGGGGAAAGCAGCUGUGGUUUUGGAGAGGGCUCACGAUGGGGAUCUGGAGGCUUAGGAUCCAAUCAGUGGCCUCCAUCGCCUUUAACUCCCCCACCUCCACGAAGAUACUGGUCUGUGGACAAAUUACCUGUGAAGACUGAAAAGAAGUCUAAAAGGAGAUCGCAUGAAAAAAGUGAAUGCCAUACUGCCUGUUCCUGCCAGUCGCCCCACCACUAUAAGUGGAACCGAGUGACCUCUCGUAGUCAAGAGGAUCUGCUGCCUCACUGCCAAAGCUUCAGCAACAUCAACCGGCCCAAACGGCAGUCCUCCAAACCAGACCAAGCUCAAGGCCAAGUAAAAUCUGGAAGUCAGUCAAACCUCAGUGGUCAUAGAUCACAACGUUCUGAGAGGUCUAGAGAGUUAUCAUCUCCUCAGACUCUACCACCAUCUCUGCCAGCACCAGCUCUCCCUGCACCUCCAUCAUCCGCUCACCCGGUUCAUGUUCCUCUUCCUACUUCUUCCUCCUCUGUUUCAUCGCCAUCAGCCAUUUCCUCAGCAACUGGUGCCCUGCAGCCCUCUUCCAUAUCCUCCUCCAGUGCCAAGCUCCAGUACCAGAGACUGUGUUCCGUGCCCCAGCCACAGAGGUACCAAUCACCACAUCUUCCCUUCAAAACCAAGAGUUUAUGCUCACGUCGAGACUCUGCCCACUUUUCCAGUGUAGAGAGUGAGGUCUGAGGUAUAUAAUCAAAAAGAGACAUCAGCAAACACUCUGUGCCAAUUUGGUUUUGUUGGCCCAUAAUGGUGAGGUGGAUCCCCAUCAUUUCUUGCACAAGUCUCUAUUGUGCUGCUGAAACAAAGGUGGAUCUAGGUAUAUCACAUGUUGUGGCUUUUCUUUUUAUACUGCAUAAGAAUGGUACUGCCUUUCGGGAAAAAUCUCUCUGUUAAAGAGGAAUAAUUUAAAUGCGAUUGGUUGUGCUUUUCUCAGUUUUAUGGGGCACUUGGGUGGAAUAUUCUGGAUGAAUGUGGUGUUUGAUCGUUGUGGUGCUUGUGGACUCAGGUGUGACCCUUGGAUCUCAAGGGGAGAUUCAAAGGCAGAAACCUUUUAAUAACACUCAUAGCAUUCCCCAACCCCCUACCCCAUCCUUUAAGCUUUGAAUUAUGAUAUUAUCAUUGCAUUUGUAUUUCAAGGGAUGCCUUCAUUAUAAAAAGGUAGCAGUUUUUGGUCCCUCCUUGGUUCCCCCUCAACAACAUAACUCCCUCCUCCUGCAGACUCACAGCUAGCAUUCUGUUUCACUUUCUUACUGUUUAUUUUCCUAACAGGGUAAAUCAACUUUUACUGGUCAGUGUAUGUAUGACUCAUUGAAACCGAGUGCCAAAUUUGCUAUGAGCUACUGCACAGUCAUAUCACAUUAGGUCUAAUUUUUUCCCCUUAAGCAAUACAUAAUUCUCAUCUAUAUACAGUAUGUGUCUACUUUGUGGUUACAACUUUAUUAAUUAGGAGAAAAUAAGCACUGUGCAAUAUAAUAGUGAGGGCACACACAGCAUUUCAACUACCUAAAAAGUGGCAGCCCAUCCCCUCACAACUGAAUGUACAUGUUGCCAUGACCACACAGUGUGCUGCAAACCAAGAAACUAAGAUCGUAGCUUUUUGGGGGUAAAUCAAGUCAAUAACCCAUUUUAAAUGUUUUUAGUUAAAUUGUUAAAAGUGCAAAAAUGAAAUAGCUAGCCAUAUUGAGCGCUGUACCAUCAAUCAGAUGUCAAUGUUAGAUUUAGAACAUGUCAUUAUUCAGAGGGUGAUAAGCAGGAGAGCACUGUUUACAGUUAAGCACUGUGUUUUUACAUGUUUUUUCUAACUGCUCUGCUUUGUCACUUUACUAGUUGUUGCGAUCCAUACUUAAUUAAGUCAAUGCAGAUUUUGGCAAAUGUGAAUAAUAAACCAGACAAUAGUUUAUGAUUUUAUA